AAGUCGCCAGUUAGUUGUUCGCUACAUGUCUACUCGUACGGCGGCGUUUCGAAUUCGGCUACGUUACUCGUGUUAAUUGUAGUUUUGUGUCAGAUUUGUCUGUUGUGCAUUAGAGGGAGAGAAAACUUACCUUCGAUUAUAUGUGAAAGGAUUCGCCAAAGGCAACCCCUAGCAUUCCACGCGAACCGUGAACCCCUUUUCGGCAGAGCCUGGAAUGUCAGUGCUUGACGGUAGAAACGGAAACAUCCGGUGUGACAGUUUGGAGUUGAGAAGAAGUUUGUUCGUGCGGAUCGCGCGAACUUCGAGUGAGAAUGUUUGAUACAAGCACAAAGCCACAGUACGGUGGUUGGUGGUGAUUGGCGAUUAAUUAAGGUGAAAUUCGAGCAGAAGAAGCGAAGAAAGUAGGAAAAGUGGGAAGAAGAAAGUGACAUUAACCUUAAUGCAGAAUGAAAGGUGUACUGUAAAUAAAUAGUACAAAGCCAAUGAAUGAAUGAAGAGUGGGCGAAGAUUUAAAGUGUGAAACGAGAAAAAUGUCAUUGAUGGACGGGAAGAGCUCGGAGAAGAAGUGGUGAAAAGUUUGAGGAAAAUACUAACGCAAGCUGAGCAGAUAACGGUUAUUGGAUAAAAGACACCCAAAGUUAAUUGAGUUUUAUCGACAAAAACUCAUUAACGUUGACAAAGAUCCGAGCGGAACCGAAUCGAAACUGUGAUCGUGUGACGAUGGUGCGGACUGAAGCACGACACGAGGUGGAAGACAAUAGCGAAGAGCUGCCGGGCGGCCGGUGGCAGUGAAGAGGCGCAAUACGCGUGAAGAGUGAUAAAUGACGCGGCUCACUAUCCCGCUUUUGAAUGUAGUUUAGUGUUGGAGGAAAUUUAAGGGUGCCGUGGGAUCGAUCAGUUUGAAAGUGAUUGCUAGUGCGGAAAUGAGCGAUCCUGGGGAAGAUUUGGGUCCGCAAGUGGGGUCAAUCGUAGUCAAAAGUGAGAGGACUCCGCGCGAGUGAAAAAAAAAAAGGUCGAAGAGAAGAAGAAACGCCGGGAACGCAAGUGUGUGUCUGUGUGUGAGUGACAAGCAAACACGAGUCAGGGUCGGGCAGCAGCCGGAAGCGGCGAAAUUGGGGACUGACGAGCGAAACAUUUGUGGAACACGCGCUCGGAAGCGUGCUACCACAAGUCCCAGUCGGUAGUCUGUAUGGAUGCGGGAGGUCUCCCAGUCUUUCCUGGUGCCAAUCAGGCCAAUCACCUGAACAGUCUCCACCUGCAGCAACAGCAGCAACAAGCUCAGCAACAGGCCCAGCAGCAACAGCAGCAGCACCACCUGCAGCAGCAGCAGAAUCAGCAACUGACUCUGCAGCAGCAGCAGCAAAUGCAGCUGAUCAACAGCCAACACCUUCAGCAACAGCAGCAACUACACCUCCAGCAACAGCAACAGCAGCAGCAGCAACAACAGCAGCAAGGGGAUUUGAUCCCCGCUAAACGUCAGGCAGUGUUUGAUCGGCUCAAGCGACGGAUAGAAACCUACCGGCGAAGGCAAAACGAUUGCACCCCGCGGUUCGAACAGACCUUCAGUGGAGUGUGUGAACAGCAAGCCAACGAAACCAGUGCCCUGCAGAAGAAGUUUCUCGAGGCGAAGAACAAGCGGGCGCUGAAGAAAGCGGAGAAGAAACAAAGUGAUCAGCAACCUCAAUCGCAGCAGCAACAGCAGCAGACGCAAUCGCAGCAACCUAGCUCGCAGCAGACGACGAUCGCGGGAAAUUUGCAGAGCAGUGUUCAUGUGCAACAAAAAUUCCUAAAGAGACCAGCAGACGACGUCGAUUCCGCCUCCGACUCGUACGAACCACCGGUCAAACUACAACACAACGGAUCGGAAAACCUUACCAAGUUCUCGGUGGAGAUCGUCCAACAGCUCGAGUUCACGACGUCGGCGGCAAACUCCCAGCCGCAGCAGAUCAGCACCAACGUAACGGUGAAGGCCCUUACAAAUGCGUCCGUCAAGAGCGAGGGUCCCAGUCCUGCCCAGCAACAACAGCAGCAGUCGCAGCAGAACCCACAGGGACCAAACGGAGGCGGAAAUGGCGGAGGAGGUCCCUCGGGAGGCGGCGCAGGAGGCAAUCCGGCAGCGCCAUCCCCACACAUGCACGACCUUGGCCGCAUUGUGGACUUCAAGCAGGAACCGGAUACCAACGAGUUUGCCGAUCUAUCGGCAGCACUCGAUAAGGACGCCGCUGCCAAUGGUCACUUCCCUGGUCUGUCCGAUCUCAUCGGAGACGAUACCAACGACGACAGCGACGCCUUCAAGGAUCUCAUUUCGGAUCUCUCCGACUUCCAACCGGACUUCCUCGACUUUGAAGAGAAGCACCAAACCCAACCCCAUCAACAGCAGCAGCCACCCCACCUUCAACAUCAACAGCAGCCAUCCCAUCAACAGCAACCUCCUCCUCCUCAACAGCAACAGCAGCAGAUGCUACACGCCCAGCAGCAGCAGCAGAUCGAGGUGAAGCAAGAAGCCUGCAUAAAACAAGAACAUCCAAGCCCCGGUAUGCUGGACAACAUGGGCAUCAAGCGAGGCAGUCCCGUAACGAACCAAUUCCCUAGUGCUUUCGGAAACGAUGGCCUCCCACCGAAACGCGGUCCCUACGGAAACCCUCAAAAUGGCCCCAUGUCAGAACUCUCACCUGCGGCACAAACUCUCAAACACAUGGCCGAACAGCACCAGCACAAAAAUGCCAUGGGCAUGGGCUUCCCUCGGGGGCCUCAACCCAACCCACAACGGCCACCCUACUCCGAGUUCGGUCAGUUCGGUCCCGGUCAGGACUACAUGAACAAUCCGAACAACCCGGGAGGUCCAGGCGGGGUCGGGCCUCAAUUCCACAAGGGCAACGUUCCUCCGUUCCCAGGCGCGGAUAUGAUCAAACAAGAGCUGUACUCCCCGCAGAACGAAUUCGAUCUCAAACCGCAGAUGAACCGGAUGCCACCGGGCAUGGGUGGACCGGUGCCCGGACAGAAAAUGGGCGGUCCCGGUCCAGGAGGUUUCAACAAACCAACUCAACAGCAACAAUACUCGCCAUACGGAUCGCCGGCCGGUGGACUGCCGAAUCAUGGAAGUCCGCACGGUCCGGGUUACAUUCCGCCGAGGGGUCCAGGUCCGGGAGGUGGAGGACCCCCGGGUGCUAACAAUGUUGGUGGUGCUGGCGCUGGAGGCGUAGGUGGUGGUGCUGCGGGAGGUCCAGGUGGACCGGGUGGUGCUGGUCCCGGACAACAGGCGAACGGUGCUGGAAAUGGUGUUCCUCCACGAGGUGGCCCUGGAGGACCAAUGGGAGGCGGUCCACCGAAUGCGACGAUGUUGCAGAUGAAGCAGACGCAGCAGCUGCACAUCAGUCAGCAGGGCCCCGGAGGGCAUGGCAUUCAGGUUUCCGCCGGUCAGCAUUUACACCUGAGUGGUGACCUCAAGGCAGGGGUAUCCGUGGCUGCCCAACAGGGAGUAUUCUUCAGCCAACAACAGCAGCAGCAGCAACAACAAGCGGCUCAACAGCAGCAAUCGAAUCAGCAAUCUCAGCAACCUGGUCCUGGAGGUCCUCAGCAAUCGCAGCAAGCUCCGGGAGCUCCCGGUAACCCACAGCAACAGCAGCAAGGACCAAAUCAAGGCAACCCCAACGUCGGGAAUAACAGUAAUAGCAACAAUCCUAAUGGACCUAAUCAGAACAAUAGCGGUAAUAAUAGCAACAACGGUAACAAUCCUCAACAACAGCAGCAGCAACCAAAUCAGGCGCCUCCAAAUACGUCACAAGGUUCCUCCCUCGAAUCGCAGUACACGGUUUCCCAGUCGCAAACGAUUAACUUCACCCAGCAGGCUCUGCGGCAGCGGCAACAGCAGCAGCAGCAACAGCAAGGCAAUGGCCCCGGUGGUCCAGGGCCGAAUCAGGUUCCUCAGCAACAGCAGCAGCAGCCCGGUGGCCCUGGGCAGCCACAAGGUCCCAAUGGUCCCGGCGUGCCCAAUCCUCAAGUACCACAACAGCAACAGCAUCAACCGGGUGGUCCCAAUUCUGGAAUCUCUGCCGGUGGAAUGCCCCUCGGUGGACCCAUGGGCGGUGGUGUCCCGAUGAGUCAGAACCCAAAUGUUCCGCUCGGUAUGAGCGGAAUGGGAAUGGGUCCAAACGGUGGCCUCAGUGGGUUAAGUUCGAUGGUUUCGAACACGAUGGGUGGCCCCGGAGCGCAGAUGAUGCAUAACAGUAUGGGCCCGGGAGGUCCAGGUGGACCGGGUGGCCCAAUGGGCAUGCGCUACAUGCAACAGCAGCAGAUGAUCCGGGCACAAGCAAUGCAACAACAGAUGGCUGUGGGUGGUCGGCCUCCGCCACCGGACUAUAAAGCAACCCAACAGGGCGGCAACCCCAGCGCGGCCAUGUUGGCCGCUCAGCAGCAGCAAAUGCUGCACGCUUCUGGUGGACGGUUUCCGGCGGCGAUGCGAAGGAUAACGCAGCAGCCGAUUCCACCGUCGGGUCCAAUGAUGAGAGCCCAACAUGCAGCGUAUAUGCAACAGCAUGGUCAUGGAGGCCCGAGAGGCUUGGGUGGAUUUGGACCCGGAGCGGGUGGUCCAGGAGCGAUGGGCGGUGGCCCGGUGCAAAGACCACCGAAUGUGCAAGUGGGCCCGGAAGGAAUGCCUAUGGGCUCGCAGCAACAGGCCGAGUGGCGGCAUAUGAUGAUGUCCCAGCAGCAGAGCAUGAGUUUCGGAUCCAGUGGAGGCAACAUGCGAGCAGGGUUUGGCGCAGGUCCGGGAGCGGCUGGUAACGCCAUGGGAAUGCCAAACGGAGGACCGGUCGGGCGAAUGGACGGCAGUGGUGGAGCAGGAGCUGGUCCCGGUGGUAUGACCCAGCUUCAGAUGCAGCAGCAAGCCAUGAUGAGGCAGCAGCAGCAGCAGCAGCAGAGCAUGGGAAUGUAUCAGGGUCAGAUGGGUGGUGGUGCUGGGGCGGGAGGAAUGGGUCAGAUGCAGCAGCAGAUGACCAUGAUGCAACAACAGCAGGCCAUGAUGGGUCAAAUGCAGAUGAACCAGAUCCACAUGAGUCAAACGCAAACCAUGUCCAUUCAGCAGCAGCAGCAGGUGAAUCAGCAACAAUCUGUGAUGAAUUCGUUCAACAAUCCGGGUAUUGGUCCUGGUCCGGGUCCAGGCGGCGGUGGAGGCGGACCAGGUCCUGGCGGCGGAAACAACCCCAACAGUAAUAACAAUAGUAACAACAACGGUAAUAGCAACGCAAACAAUAGCAGUAAUAACAACGGUGGUGGCCCCAAUGGUCCCAACGGUAGCAACAAUUCCUCCGUCAUUCCGAACGCGGACUUUAGUUUGGAGUUCCUGGAAAACCUCCCGGUGGGCGAUCCGAGCCAGUUCAAUGCUCAGGACCUGCUCAGCUCACUGGACAACGAGAACUUCAACAUCCAAGAUAUUCUGUAAGUGAUGGCGCGGUUUCUCAGCCGGGAGCGUUUUCCUAUUUUUAGUGCAUUUACAGUAGGCCGAGAGCCAAAGGCUCGUUUCCAAUGCAACCAACUUGCAUGCAAUCCACCCUGUGGAUUGGCGAAGCUUGUUGCUGUGGUUGAGGUUAAUCCUAGCAAGCGAGGAAAAUAUUUAUUUAAUUAAAAAUCAAAAAACGAUAGCGAAAAGAAGACGAAUCAAAACUAAAGAAACACAGUUCUAAGAGAAUAAUGCAACAAUUUGGGGGAGGGUUGUCUCGAGGUUCGAGAUGGGCUACUCCCCCUAAUCCUGUAAAUAUGAGACUAUUAUUAUUACUAUUGCUUAAGUAGUGUACCUUGCUUACUCGUUGCAAACACAUCAAUGCCCCUAAUCUUAAGAUCCAGUGACAGCUGUUUUUACGUUGUACAUUUUACGGACCAUAAUUUAUUUUCGUCAUGCCAACAACGCAAACGUGUCGUCGAACAAGGAACUCUCUAUCGUUUAGCAGAAAGUUUAGAUUUUAGUUUACGCAUAUUUUUUUAAAGUCCAUGCCAAACAAGCUGGAAGACAUUCCUUUAAGGGUAGGAGGUAAUUAUUGAAGAGUCAGUCUGCCAUUUCGGAUUAAAGUUCUCCAUUUAUGAAAACAAAACACACAAAUAAGGUCACUCCAUCGCGGAUUAUCAAACAAAUGCAUCGUAUUCACCCCAUUAAGACGUAUUUAUACAAGAAUCACUUAAAAGAAAAAGCCGUUCGUGGGGAGUCCCGCAAAUGGGCCAAAUGAACAAAAUAUUCUAAAAGAUUAAUGAAACGGAACUAAAUUAUUAUGAUAGAUUCCAGUGAGUACUAGCGGGGGGGGUGGGAAUGGAAGGAAACCAGCCGAAGCGAUCGGUACUGUGUAUACAAAAUUUACAAAAACAAACUUUAACUAAUAGCGUAAGUCAAACUAAAACGAUAAAUCAUGAAACUGUCAAAAAACAUGUAUAGGGAACCGAAAAGAUGUAGCAAAUUUCUCCGAGAACGAAGGUCAAAGUAAUCAAAGCGGUGACACAUAUUUAUAGAAAACGGGAAUCAAUGAUGAUCAAACAGUAAUCAUAACGGUUUAAAAGAAUCUGUAAAAAGGCAAUAGUCAAAUCAUAACAUAUACUCGAAAAAGAAAA